CUUUUGAUGUGUCUUCAGAUGGUGUCUUCUACCAAACUGGUGUGCUACUUCACCAACUGGUCCCAGUAUAGACCAGGUGUUGGCAAAUAUCUGCCUGCCAAUGUGGAUCCCAAACUCUGCACACACCUGAUCUACGCAUUUUCAAUAAUUAGCCCUUCUAAUGAGCUGGCACCCUAUGAGUGGAAUGAUGAUGUUCUCUACAAAUCCUUCAAUGAACUCAAGAAUAGAAACCCCCGGCUGAAGACUCUGUUGGCUGUUGGUGGGUGGAACUUUGGAACUACACAAUUUACUAUCAUGACUUCAUCCCCUGCCAACCGCCAGAGAUUUAUCCAGUCUUCUAUCAAAUUCUUAAGACUGCAUGGCUUUGAUGGGCUGGACCUGGACUGGGAGUAUCCUGGAGCACGAGGAAGCCCACUAGAGGACAAGAAGAGGUUCACAGUGCUCUGCCAGGAAUUACUUGCUGCCUUUGAAAAAGAAGCUGCUGAGACCAAAAAAACACGACUGCUGCUAACAGCUGCAGUGGCUGCUGGGAAAGGAAACAUUGACAAUGGAUAUGAGAUUGCUGAAAUCUUAAAGUUCCUAGAUUUUAUAAAUGUCAUGGCCUAUGACUUCCACGGAGCAUGGGACCCUUUCACUGGUCACAACAGCCCUCUGUACCGCAGCUCUUUUGAUCAGGGUGACAACAUCUACUACAAUGUGGACUUUGCUAUGAAAUACUGGAGAGACCAAGGAGCUCCUGUUGAAAAGCUCAUAGUUGGUUUUGCCACGUAUGGGCGCACAUUUCGCACAUCAGCAGGAGCUAACGGAGUUGGAGCAUCUGCCAGUGGACCAGCCUCUGCUGGGCCUUACACACGUGAAGCUGGGUUUUGGUCCUACUAUGAGAUUUGCACUUUCCUCCAAGGCGGCACUGUCCACUGGAUUGAUGAGCAAAUGGUGCCCUAUGCCAUUAAAGGAAAUGAGUGGGUUGGGUUUGAUAACAGGCAGAGCUUUGAAAUCAAGGCACAGUAUUUGAAAGAUCACAAAUUUGGAGGAGCCUUCAUCUGGUCUCUAGAUCUGGAUGAUUUUGACGGACAGUUCUGUGGACAGGGAAAGAAUCCCCUCAUUAGUUACCUGCGCACUCUCCUGGACUCAGAUCUUCUACCGCCUCCUCCUGUAACCACACAUCCACCAGUGAUCACUACGAAUCAUCCCGGCCCAAACUACACCACGACUGCUGCCACUGCUACUACAACUACCACUACCACAACAUCCACCACACCUGUUUCUGGAAGUGAUUUCUGUAGUGGGAAGAAUGAUGGCCUCUACAGAAAUGACAUGGAAGGCAACUCCUUUUAUCAAUGCUUCCACGGACACACAUACCUCCAGACAUGUCCAAUUAAUCUUGUUUUCAGUGACAGAUGCAAGUGCUGCGACUGGCCUUAA